AUGAGUCGAGACAAUAAGUCCGAAUUUUGGACAAAUGCUGAAACGCAUUCUCAAGCUUCACACGACGAAGUGGUAAUUGAAAUGGGAGUUAUUGAAUGUGGUGAAAGCCAAGCUGGCCCAAGCACCGGUGGUGGUCAAAGUCUUGGCGAAUUUUUUAAAGAGGCAAGUAUUAAUGUAAAUGCUAUACUAGAAAUGAUUCGGAAUAUUAAAGAGAACACGUCAGGAAUUGAAGAUUUACACAAGAGAACCUUGGUUACAGUAACGAAUGAUGAAAGUUCUCGGAUGUCUCGGCAGCUGGAUUUGCUAAUAUCAGAAACAAGUCGUGUAGCGGGUCAAAUAAGCAAUAAAUUAGCAGUGAUGGAACAAAAUAAUAAGACGGUAACAAAUGUACAAGAUCAAACGCAAAUACGCUUAGCGCAGCACGCGACGUUAGUUAAAACGUUUAUUGAUACGAUGACGGCAUAUCGCCAAAUGCAAUUUGAUAAUGAAAAAAAGUACAAGGAGAGGAUUGAAAGGCAAUAUCGUAUAGUGAAACCCGAUGCCACACAACAAGAGAUUGAUCAGUUAUUGAGUGAAAAAACUGGGCAAUCUUUCGCCUCCCAGGCGUUAUUAACAACAUCGGUAGAGCGAUCGCGUUCGGUUCUUAAAGAGAUUCAAGAUCGGCAAAGAGACAUUCUAAAGAUCGAAAAAUCAAUUAACGAACUUAAUAACAUUUUUAGUGAAGUUCAAGCAUUGGUAAUAGAACAACAGGAUGAUCCAAUACAAAGCGUUGCGGAAGCAGCCGAAAUCACCAUUGAUAUUACUGAACAAGGAGAGCAAGGUGUGCCAACAGUUGGAAGAUUAGAGAGAAUAAGAAGG